GCAAACAAUACCAUAACCCUCCACCAUGCCCCGUCACCAACACCAUCUCUUCCGCCGUCAACAACAGCAACCCCCCGCGACGACGCCCUCCGUCCGCGGCGACUCCCCCCAUCCGCGUCCCCCGCGCGCCCACCUCGGCCAUGCCUCCGCCCACCUGCAGUUCCAGACGCCUCCGUCUCAGGCAAUCCCCCAGCUUCAUCCGUCGUCCGGGGCCUUCGAGGCUUCAGACCGCGACCCCGUCUACCCCAAUGUCGCGGCGCAGGCGGCAAUCUUCUCCAUGUUUGGACGGGGUGUCCCUAGUCGGCACUUACAGCCGGGGGCCGUAAUGGACGAGGGACAAUUCGAGGACGAAGAAGAGGAGGAGGAGGAGGAGGAGAUGGGGGAGGACACGAUCAAUGGAUAUCACAGGGACUUUGAUGUGGAUGCCGAGGGGAACGUGGUCGAUGCGUCAGAAGAAGAGAUGGAAGGGAUGGUAGGGGACGAUAUAGAGGAAGAAGAGGAUUUUGUCGAGGAGGACGAGAUGAUGCAUGAUCGAGAAAAAUCACCCUCCCCCCUCCCAGCCAAUUUGCGCGAAAUCUCCUCCCUAGCAUCUUGGACCGUCUCAACACACAAACCCGGCUGUGGCGUAUCCGCACUGCGCAACCCGUCCCCCUCACAAUACUGGCAAUCCGACGGGCCCCAACCCCACACCCUCACCCUACACUUCUUCAAGCUCGUCGCGGUGGUCAAAAUCCGCGUCUACCUCGACUUCGACAUGGACGAAAGCUACACACCCACCAAGAUGAACUUCCUAGCCGGCAUGGGCGGCAACGACCUCGUCGAGUUCGCAACCUGGGAAGGCGAAGGCCCCUGCGGCUGGGUCGACGUGCCUCUCGAAGGCGUCGGCGGCCGCAGCGAAGGCUGGGUGCGCAAGAAGCGCCGACGGCGUCAUCCAACAACCACCAAACCCCACAAACCAACAACCGACCACAACCGGCGCCAUCGCGGGCCCACAUCCUCUAAAGCCUGGCCCGACUACAUAUUCUCCGACGCAGACAACCCCGUCGAAUACGACAUGGACGCCUACGAAGACGACGCGGACGAAACCGCCGACGAAGACGACGAAGACGACCCCUACGCAGGCAACGUUCUCAAAGCCAUGGUCCUACAAAUGCGCAUCAUGGAGAACCACCAGAACGGGAAAGACACCCACGUGCGCGGAUUCCAGGUCUUCGCCCGCGACGACGACCGUCGGCGGAUGGGCAACGCCCCGUCUGCGUCUGCUGACGGCCGCGUGCGCAGACAUAGUGCGCGCCGCUCGCUCAGAGGGAGUACCCAGGAUGAUGGGCUCGAUGGGCGGAGUGGUGGCGCUGAUGUUGAUCGGGGGAAGGUCUCUGGGUUGGAGGAGCCGGAGUGGAUGGGGGAGCCUGUUAUUCGGUAG